ACAGGACGCCACCGCUCCCAUGAUUUCUUUGUUACCGACACCUAUAGGGAUUUAAAUUUUCUGUCAGUCCUGGAGCUGGUGUCAUUUCAUAACCAAACUUACGUUCACUCUCUCUUUUCAUCGGUACACUCGUGAUGGCAGAUGCUAAAGUAAAAACACCAGCAAAGCCAGCGGCUUCUGCUACCCCAGCAAAGAAAGCAGGCAAGCCAAGAAAUUACGAUCUUGGUAAUGGCGUUUACCGAUUCAGCCGAACACGUAUGUUCCACAAGAAGGCUGUCUACAAAUUUUUAGACAAGAAAACACCUAAAACUGUCAAACCUAAGAAACCUGUAACCAUUGAGAAAAAAAUCAAUGGUGAUAAGAAUGGAGGAACUCGAGUCGUACGUCUUUUAAAGCGACGUGCGAAUUACCCCACUGUCGACCCUGUAACCGUACAUCACUCCAAAAAGUGCUUUAGGGAUCACACACGGUUCGUGCGACCAUCGCUCGUUCCUGGAACUAUUUUAAUUCUAUUAGCCGGACGUCACAAGGGCAAACGCGUUGUCCUCCUAAAAGUGCUGAAAAGCGGAUUGCUUUUAGUUACUGGCCCAUUCUUGAUCAACGCUUGCCCCAUGCGAAGGGUAAGCCAGAACUAUGUCAUCGCCACGUCUACUCGCUUGGACAUGGGAGCUGUCAAAGAUUUGGAGAAAUAUGAUGACGACUAUUUCAAGCGAAAGCGCGAAAAACGCGCAAAGAAAGAAGAAGGUGAUAUCUUCACCAAAAAGGCUGUGGAGUACACAGCCAGUGAACAGCGUAAAGCUGAUCAGAAAAUUGUCGAUAAGAUGGUUAUUGAUUCCAUCAAAUCGCAUGCAGACAAGAAAAUGUUGUUUACAUACUUGUCUGCAAUGUUCGGACUUAGAAGUAGUCAGUAUCCACACAGAAUGAAAUUUUAGAUUGGGCUUUCGACAGUUAAAUAAAAUAAACAAAAAAUUUA